AUGGGUCCUGACGAGGUCACCUCUGCGCCGCAGGUCACCGAAGUCGCUCCUAUCGAUGCCCCCAAAACAGGAAAGGGAAAGUUCGGGUUUAAAGGUCACGGCAAAAAGGACAAGUCAGGAAACAACAAUGACCACGAUGUCGAGAAGGAUGGAGUGGGAGGGGACACCCCCGAGCCAGAACUGCAGCGGAAGCUGAAAAGCAGACAUCUGCAGAUGAUCGCGAUCGGUGGAACAAUCGGAACCGGUCUCUUCAUUAGUAGUGGAACGGCUAUCGCGCACUCGGGACCGGCGGGGGCUCUCCUCGCCUACAUCUUUGUUGGAUCAAUCGUGUUUUCCGUUAUGACCUCGCUGGGUGAAGUCGCAACGUACAUCCCCAUCACCGGUUCCUUCACGACAUAUGCGGCACGAUUGGUAGACCCAAGUUUGGGAUUCGCGAUGGGAUGGAUAUACUGGUUUAAUUGGGCAUCGACAUACGCUGUGGAAUUGACGGCGACCGGACUGAUCAUUCAAUAUUGGGAUAAAGACUUGUCUAUUGCGAUAUUCAUUGCAGUUUUCUGGGUUGUAAUCACGGCGAUAAAUUUCCUCCCUGUCGGAUUUUAUGGAGAGAUCGAAUUUUGGUUUUCCCUGGUUAAGGUGAUUACUGUCCUGGGGUUCAUGAUCUUUGCCAUCUGCAUCGAUGCGGGUGUGGGAGACCAGGGAUAUUUAGGAUUCAAAUACUGGCAUCAUCCCGGUGCAUUUGCUCCGUAUCUUAUCGAGAACGAUGCUGCCACGGCCAAAUUUGUGGGCUUCUGGGCUGUCUUGAUCCAGGCCGGUUUCUCCAUCAAGACAUUUAUCCGGAUUCUGGUCUUCUUCGUGCUCACCAUCUUCUUCAUCGGCCUGCUCGUCCCUUAUGACAAUAAGAAUCUUGUCACCGACAACAACGACGCAUCUGCGUCCCCCAUGGUGAUCGCCGCCAAGUUGGCUGGAGUGCGAGUCUUACCACACAUAAUUAAUGCCGUGCUUCUCACAGUGGUUCUGUCUGCAGCGAAUUCCAAUGUCUACAGCGGCAGCCGUGUGCUUCUGGGUCUUGUUCACGAGGGCUUCGCCCCCAAGUUCUUCGGCUGGGUGACACAGAGGGGUGUUCCGUACGUUAGUGUCUCGUUUACUGCACUCUUCGGCCUUUUGGCGUUCAUGAACGUCUCCAAAUCUGGAGGCACCGUGUUCAACUGGCUGGUCAAUAUCUCCGGUGUGGCCGGGUUUAUCUGCUGGUGCUCCAUCAACCUGAGUCACAUCGCAUUCAUGCGUGCGCUCAAAGCGCGCGAUCUCUCCCGAGAUACCUUACCUUACAAGGCGAUCUGGCAGCCGUGGCUGGCAUAUUACGGACUGUUCUUCAACACCCUGAUUAUCCUGACGCAGGGCUUCACUGCGUGGAUCCCCAAAUUCAACGUCUCUGAUUUCUGGGUGGCCUAUAUCUGUCCUAUUCUGUUCGCGCUCCUCUAUCUCGGUCACAAGAUCGUAUUCCGCACUUCGUUUGUGCAUCUCCUCCAGGCGGACCUGGAUACCGGACGUCUGCAGAACUUUUCAUGGGAGACAGCAAGGCCGAAGACUUGGACGGAGCGGAUACGGGAGAGACUAUAG